AUGGCAACUCCUACACUGGACGGCUUUGGCGUCCUCGGGGGCAUUGCCGGAAGCGGAUCGGGGACUGUGCCGAGUCUCCCAGUGACGCCCGGGGGCUUCCCAGCCUUAUUGGACGCGGCAAGGCAGCAAACCGAACUUGUGUUUUGGAUUGUGAGGACCGUGCAAGAACAUGAAGGUCGUAUUUCUUCACUGUCGCGGCAACUUGCAGACCAGCUGAAGUUGCUGUCGGAGGACCGAAAAAUAUUCAAGUCUGCGUCUACGCGGAAGUGGCCCUCCGGUGGAAUGGGAUCUCGAGGACUUAGUCGCGAAAGCUUCGCAUCGAAUGAUGGCGGAGUUCAGUCAGUUCUUUCGCAGGCAACAGGAAGCCCGCUACAUCAUGAGUCAGAAGCUGCGGACAAGACUCAGAUUGAAGAGAACUUGGACAUGGACCUGGAACAUCCAGACGAGCCCGCGGAGCCUGCGCAGCCUCUGGAGCCUGCGGAGCCUGGAGAUUCGGAAUCUGCAGAACAAGGAUUGGAAGCGGGCGCCAAUGGCGAAGCCAUGGCAGAAACCGAAGGGGCAUCUCAAAGUCCAGAUGACCGCGUCGAGGGCAGCAUCGCUUCGGCAGAAGUUCGGCGGAUGUCCUUUGCAUCAGGGGGACGGCGGCGUUCCUCGCUCACCGGACCGCUGCCUGUGGAUGAAGCAACGGCAAGCAACAUCGUCACAGAGGAGCGCUUGGCAGAUCGCCUGGAAGAACGCAUCCAGCAGGUCUUGUCACAGGAUGUCGAGGCUCGACUGGAGGAUGUCGCCCAGUUUGUGCAAGAAGAGAUCUACAGGUUUGUUCUUGGACCCCAGAUGAUGGAAAGAGUGAGGCACGAAUGCUCUUCCGUUAUCUCGAUGGAACUUGCCAUCGCUCUAGCUGCACAAGACAAGAAAGUGGAGGAGCUGAUCAGGUCCAGCCUCAUGGGCCCACUGAGUCAUCUGGAGUCCUUGCCUGGCCAGGACGUCACUGACGACCUGGGAAGGCGGCUCAAGCUCACGGAGGACCUCGUGGGUGAGCUCAAGGGGCUUCGUCUGCAGGUUCCAGACAUGCGUAAUGAGCUGACCAACCUCCAAUCAUCUUUGAUGGCGACUGUACAUACUGUCGAGGAGUUGGAGGUCAGGCAGGAAGAGCUUGCAGCUGCAGGAGCACAUCGCUUAUCUCCAGUAUCUCCGCAUCGCUCAUCUCCAUCACGAGCAGAAGCAAUCGACGAUGAAGGCGAAGGCCUUGGUGUCGAUGACCUGGGAGAGGCUGUGGGCGAGACAGGUGCUGACGGGGGUUCCCCUACAAAUGCCCCAUCUCCUGCGCCACAGUCGCGUCAGCCGUCGCGACCGCCAUCCCGACAGCCGUCCCGACAGCCGUCAGUCGUAGCAUCACCUGAUGACAUGAAGCCGAAGCGAAGGCUGAGUGACAUGCUCGGGCUUUACAUGGCUCCAGCUGCCAAGCCUCAGGCAGCGGAUGACUCACAAGUACAGGAACUGGCUGCCCGAACAGAAAGUAUGCGAACGCGGUUGGAACAGAUGGAGCAGAUUGUUGGCACCGAGCAGGCUGCCGUCACCAGUAGAAGACACAGCCUUCAGAACAAGCUGAACGACGUCGACACAUUGGCAGCCAUCCUUGAAGAUCGCAUGCGGGAGUUGGACAUGGACUUCCGAGCAAGUAAGCAGCACGGCAUCUCUUCCUCUUCUUCUUUGCUUUUCCAGUCACCUACAUGCUUUUCCUAG